GAUAUCAACAGGGGUUGUGCACCUACUACCGGUACUUGUACUGUUUCGAUGUAUUGUAUCGGAAGAGCUACGGAAUCAUUAUUUUGUACGAUUGCCGGUACGAUCGCUCAUCAGCCCACAAACCGCUACUCCGAAAAGAUCUGAACGCAUCCAACAGUAAGGUAUAACGAGUAACCGAACAUUUUGCAUCASAUAACGACAUAAUACAACUCGACUCAGUGUAACACAUCCACAAAAAAACAUGAAGUUCCAUCUUUGUCUUUCCUUGCUCUCGAUUGCCUUCAUCGAAUCGACUUCGCCUGCCGCUGGUGCUCAAGUAGAACUCAUGCCCGAAGGCGAGGAGAUUUAUUACUUCUCACCUUCGGAAACUGCCGCUGCUGCUACUCCCCCUGAGUGCAACAAGGAAUAYGAAAGCAUACUGGAUAUCUGCGAAGCCGGUGCCUAUGAUCUCACUGAAUUUUGCCGACUCCUCKCAUUCGUGAACUACUUGGAUCUCUCCGAUAGCAACAAGUCCUUCACUAUAUUUGCCCCUACCGAUGAGGCCGUAAGUCGCCUAUUCGACGACGUCUUGGAUUCCAACGGAAUCGGUUCGACCCUGAUGAGGGAAAUCAUUCAAUCUAAUUACAUCGAUGGCCAGGUCGAAACUAGAGAUCUUGAAUGCAACUCCAAGCCAAACGUUGUAUCCAGCGCUGGGARAGAUCCGCMGAUCAAAUGCAAGGUCGACAUUACGGGAAAUACUGUUCCCUAUAUCAAGGGGAGGGGAAAUGCGCGUGGUUACAUCCCACGAUUUACCGACCCUCAAAACCCCAUCUUGACUUGCAAUUCGAAUAUCUACAAGAUUGAUGAWGUGGUGUUGUUGACUAAUUACGUUUAGAAAAUGAGUAUCAAGAUGCCCUUGGGGUUUGUUCCUGUUUUCAAUCGAAACGAAUUGGUAGAGGGGCACAGUAAUGUGCAUUGUAAMCMCUCAUCUUGAGAGCAGAUUUGCUCAUCGAAUCAUAGUUUCAUCUUUGGAUUACUCAAUUCCAAUUGUGCACGUGUAYUAAGUCUACAAAUUGAAUAGAUUGGAUAUUACCAAUUGGUAAUGUUCAAAUUUUUAAUUAUGAUUGUUACUCACCAUCAGCGCACACAAUUUUCA